UACAACAUGGCGGCCGCAGCCUAACGCUUUCUGUCGGGGGCCGGCGCGGAGGUCCUAGUUCCGGACCCUGCUUCAGAGGAGUGGAAGCAGGCGGCCGUCCUUUCCGGCCCUUUCUUCUCCGUCCGGUGUCGGCAACGGCUUGUCGUCGGCUUCCGUAUCCAGGAUGAAGAGCUAUAAAGCAGUUGGCAAAAUCGGAGAGGGGACGUUUUCCGAGGUGACGAAGAUGCAGAGCCUGAGGGACGGAGGCUACUACGCCUGCAAACAGAUGAAGCAGCGCUUCGAAAGUAUCGAGCACGUGAACAACCUGCGGGAGAUACAAGCUCUGAGGCGUCUGAAUCCGCACCCAAACAUUCUUACGUUGCACGAAGUGGUUUUUGACAGAAAAUCUGGCUCUCUUGCACUCAUAUGUGAACUUAUGGACAUGAAUAUUUAUGAGCUAAUACGAGGGAGAAGACAUCCAUUAUCAGAAAAAAAGAUUAUGCACUAUAUGUACCAGUUAUGUAAAUCCCUUGAUCAUAUGCACAGAAAUGGAAUAUUUCACAGAGAUGUAAAGCCAGAAAAUAUAUUAAUAAAGCGGGAUGUCCUGAAGUUGGGGGACUUCGGAUCCUGCCGGAGCGUCUACUCCAAGCAGCCCUACACGGAGUACAUCUCCACCCGCUGGUACCGCGCCCCCGAGUGUCUUCUCACCGACGGCUUCUACACCUACAAAAUGGACCUGUGGAGCGCUGGCUGCGUGUUCUACGAGAUUGCUAGUCUGCAGCCCCUCUUCCCCGGAGCCGAUGAGCUGGACCAGAUCUCAAAAAUCCAUGAUGUCAUCGGCACGCCUCCUGGGAAGACCCUCGCCAAGUUCACACAGUCGAGAGCUAUGAGUUUUGAUUUUCCUUUUAAAAAGGGAUCAGGAAUACCUCUACUGACAGCCAGUCUGUCCCCACAAUGCCUCUCCCUCCUGCACGCAAUGGUGGCCUAUGAUCCUGAUGAGAGAAUCACUGCCCACCAGGCCCUGCGACACCCCUACUUCCAGGAGCAGAGGGCGGCUGAGAAGCAGGCUCUGGCUGGCCACAGAAAAGCUUUCUUUCCAGAGCGCCCUGUGGCUUCAGAACUACUCAGUAACCACUGGCACGUUGCCAAGGAGGACAGAAAGCAGAAACAGUCCCUAAAGCCAGAGGAGGACCAUCCCAAGAGACCAGGCCCGGCCUCCGUCAUGGAACUGCCCAGACUGAAGCUCUCGGGAGUGACCGAACCAUCCUCGUACCCGAGCCCCGCGCUGCACCCCGUGUUCGGCCCGGGGCCCGGCAGGAAAGUGCUGGGGCUGAGGCCCCUCGAGUGCGUCGGCGCCCGCCAGAAGGUAGCCCAUCGCGCUCGCUCCCCGUGGCCCACGGCUCUCGGGCCGGCCCCGCUGAGUGUCUCUUUCCUUCAACAGACGGAGGCGCACAAGGACACGAAGCCCGACGUAAAGCAGUACCGCCUGCCCUCGAUCCAGAGGAAGGGCGGGGGGCGCUGAGACGCCCCCGCUGGCUCGCCCCUGGGAGCGGAGACCGGGUGUGGCCGGGCUGGCCCGCGGGUCGCCACCGAGCCCCCAGGGGAGGGCUGCGGGCGAGGCCUGGCGUGUCCCCCUGGCAGAGCCUGGCGUCCCCGGAGGCACUGCCCCGCCGGCCAGCUGGUGCCCCCUCGGCCUGGACCCCCAGCCUGCGGCUCCGGGUGUCCUGAGAGCGGCUGUCCUGUGCUCCAGCCAACGCGUCCGUAAAACCACCCCAGUCCGGGCUUUCUUCUCAUGUUUCUAACCGAGAAAUUUGGGGCAGAGAAUACUUUGUAAUUUUUUUAAUCUGAAUCAAAACAGAAGUCGGAGUUUAUACACUGUGUUAUUUAGGCUUGGUUUCAGCACGGGCUCUGCGCGUCGUGCCUUCUUUAGAUGCCUCCCGUCGCACGGGCAUGUCGCAGUUACAUCAUGCUGUCGGAGUUUUAUUAAAGAAUAAGCUACCAGUGCGAUAUUUUAAUAUUUCCUGAGUUAAACAUGUGUCCUAACAUGCAUUUCUCUAUUUUAGGUCUUGGGAACAUAUGUGGGAAUCUAUUUUGUUGGGAAGGCUUUGGUACAGCUUAGUUUUGUGGCACUUGAGAAGCCAGAGGCUCUGCCUGG